AUGGUCAACAAUGAGGUGACUCACAACUUUCUUGUAAUCAAUGAAAUUAUUCAAUUUGGUCUAAUGCUAUCACCAAAAGAUGACCACAUCAAGACUAUCAACUUAACAGCACGUACCCAAAUUAGAACAAUAUGA